AUGGAGACCAAGGAGGACAAAUCGCCGCGCCAGAACCUUGUGGAAGAGGCCAUUUUGAGUGGCUCCAUGGCACAGGAAUCCAAAAGGGAGAAAAAGCGACGGAGAUCCUACAGGAGGAAGGACUCCAAACCCAUCCCAGGGUGCAACAAGGAGGAAAGACCAACCCUGUGUCGGGAAGGUGGACAGAGCUUCAGCCAGAGCAGCACCCCUGUCCAGCACCCGAUCAUCCACACUGCAGAGAGGCCAUAUGAGUGUUCCGUGUGUGGGAAGAGGUUUCGCACCAGCUCAGAUCUCCUCGUGCACCAGCGGGUUCACACAGAGGAGAGGCCCUUCCGCUGCCCCGACUGCAGGAAGGGCUUCAAGCACAGCUCCCACCUCAACAGGCACCGGCGCAUCCACACCGGGGAGAGGCCCUACGAGUGUAGGGAAUGUGGGAUGAGCUUCAGACAGCGCUCCAACCUGAUCUGCCACCUGAGGAUCCACACCGGGGAACGGCCCUACAAGUGUGAGCAGUGUGGGAAGAGCUUCAACCAGCGUUCCUCCUUGAUCCUCCACCAGAACAUCCACGCUGAGGAAAGGCCAUACAAGUGUGGGGAAUGUGGGAAGGGCUUCAACCAGAGGUCCCAGCUGAUCAUCCACCAAAUGAUCCACACUGGGGAGAGGCCCUACGAGUGUCUCGAGUGUGGGAAGAAGUUUCGGACCAGCUCAGAUCUCCUCGUGCACCAGCGGAUUCACAGAGAGGAGAGGCCCUUCCGCUGCCCCGACUGCAGGAAGGGCUUCAAGCAAAACUCCACCCUCAUCACCCACCGGCGCAUCCACACCGGGGAGAGGCCCUACGAGUGUCCCCAGUGUGGGAAGAGCUUCUCUAGGAGCUCUAACUUGAGGCAACACCAACGGAGGCAUCGGUAAGGGAAGCCCUGUGAGUGCCCCGACUGUGGACAGAGCUUCAGCCAGAGCAGCACCCCUGUCCAGCACCCGAUCAUCCACACUGCAGAGAGGCCAUGUGAGUGUUCCGUGUGUGGGAAGAGGUUUCGGACCAGCUCAGAUCUCCUCGUGCACCAGCGGGUUCACACAGAGGAGAGGCCCUUCCACUGCCCCGACUGCAGGAAGGGCUUCAAGCACAGCUCCCACCUCAACAGGCACCGGCGCAUCCAUACCGGGGAGAGGCCCUACGAGUGUGGGCAAUGUGGGAUGAGCUUCAGAGAGCGCUCCAACCUGAUCUGCCACCUGAGGAUCCACACCGGGGAACGGCCCUACAAGUGUGAGCAGUGUGGGAAGAGCUUCAGCCAGCGUUCCUCCUUGAUCCUCCACCAGAACAUCCACGCUGAGGAAAGGCCAUACAAGUGUGGGGAAUGUGGGAAGGGCUUCAACCAGAGGUCCCAGCUGAUCAUCCACCAAAUGAUCCACACUGGGGAGAGGCCCUACGAGUGUCUCGAGUGUGGGAAGAAGUUUCGGACCAGCUCAGAUCUCCUCGUGCACCAGCGGAUUCACAGAGAGGAGAGGCCCUUCCGCUGCCCCAGCUGCAGGAAGGGCUUCAAGCAAAACUCCACCCUCAUCACCCACCGGCGCAUCCACACUGGGGAGAGGCCCUACAAGUGUCCCCAGUGUGGGAAGAGCUUCUCUAGGAGUUCUAACUUGAGGCAACACCAGCGGAGGCAUCG